GGAGCAGCUGGAACAGGAGCCAUGCUGCUGUGCUCUUUGGCCCUCACCCUCGUCCUGCUGCUGGUCUCUGGCACUGAGUGCGAUGUGAAGGAAGUUUGUUCUGGAAGCCCGGGCAUCCCUGGCACUCCAGGAUCCCAUGGCCUGCCAGGGAGAGAUGGAAGAGAUGGCAUCAAAGGAGACCCCGGACCUCCAGGCCUCAUGGGCCCCCCUGGAGGAAUGCCAGGCCUCCCUGGGCGUGAUGGGCUGAAUGGAGCCCCUGGCAUGGAUGGUGAGCCUGGAGAAAAGGGAGACCCUGGUGAGAGGGGCCCUCCAGGGCUUCCAGCAUAUCUGGAUGAAGAGCUCCAAACCACAAUCCAAGACCUCAGACAUCAAACCUGGAAGUCAAUGGGAGUCCUCAGUUUGCUGGGUUCCGUGCUGAUAGUGGGAGAUAAGAUCUUUUCCACCAAUGGACAGUCGGCCAAUUUCGAUGCCAUUAGAGAGACCUGUCUCAAAGCGGGUGGUAAGAUCGCAGUCCCCAGGAGUCCAGAAGAGAAUGAGGCCAUUGCAAGCAUCGUGAAGAAGCACAACACUUACGCCUACCUGGGCUUGGUCGAGGGCCCUACCCCUGGAGUCUUCUACUACCUGGAUGGGGCUCCCGUGAAUUACACCAACUGGUACCAAGGGGAGCCCAGAGGUCGGGGCAAAGAAAAGUGUGUGGAGAUGUACACAGACGGGAAGUGGAACGACAAGGGCUGCCUGCAGUACCGACUGGCUGUCUGUGAGUUCUGA